CUAAAUUCUAAAAUAUGGACCACUCUCACUUCUCCAAAGGCAAGCCAGUCACUGGUUUUGGGAAUAAAUAUGGAAAUGCAGUAGGAACAGAAGGGAAUUUAAAGCAGAGUUUGAAAGGAACGGAGUUAAAGCAGGUCUUUACUUCGAAGAUGAGGUCAAUGACCUGUAGACGGAUGUUGGACAUACAGAGAUUUAUAGGUCUCGAAAUGGACAAGAUACACGGAACACAGAGUAAGAAUUUACAGAAAGAAGAGAAGAUUAUUCCUACUGAAGAGUCUGACUUAAAACAACUGUUUCGUAAAGGCAAGACUAACAAGCAAUAUAUCUUGGAUAUACUUAAAAGACUUAAUGAAAAGAAUAUAAAACAGAGGAGGGAUUAUAAACCUGAAAAAAAAGAAGUCCUAAAAUCGCCAGAGAUUGUCUUUUCACCUGUAUCCAAGCCCUCAAUUACAGAGAAGGUCGGCUUCAUAUUCAAAUAACCAAUCGAGGGAGAAAAGAAGCCAGGUCUUUACUCCAAGGAAAGAAGCCCCUCCUGUCGGCUUCUAUCGACCUAAGUAUGAUAUCGUAGAUAAGAAAAAUGGAUCCAAAAUAUAUUUCGAAAAGGAAGAAAAGACUACCCCACCUCGUCUAAUCUUCUCAAGCCCAAAGAGCAGGAAGAAGAUCUUCAGCCCAGUGUCUUCAGAAAGAUACAUGCCUAUCUCAGACUCUAGCUUACCUCUUAAUAACAAAAUGCGCAAAAUCCGUAAAUCCAAACACCUCAGGUCUCUCUCCCCUGAAAUCUCCCAAAAGCACAAAAUCCCUUCUAUAACCCACCUUUUCAGGCACAAACUCAAGUCUAAGCACCCUUCAAUACCCCAAUCCCCCAAACCUCGGCCAUGGAACCUCCAUUCCCACUCAAAACUGCCCAAAUUCAGCCCCUCCCCUUCAAUCCCUUCCUCCUCAUUCAACACCUCUUCCCUCAUGCCUAGCCUGCCUCAUAAGCUAAGUGCGAAUAUUUCUAUUGAAAAGUAUUCCCCGAGGAAGGAAAUCUUCAGGACUCCAGACUAUGUCCCCAACUAUGACUACAACCUGAAGCAGCCUAACACAGCACUGGCGUUUGGAGAGAAGUCAAGAAUUUUGAAAAAGAACAAGCUGAAUUAUUUUGAUAAAGCUAUUAUAAUGAGAGAUGACAAAGACCCAGAUGAGAUAAGAUACCAAGAUGAAGAGAUGAUUAACCAAAUUAUUAUGCAAAAAUAAACCUAAGUCCUUCAUAUUGAUAAAUUUCAAUAGA